UUUUUUGAAUUGUUACAUCAUUACAUCUUCAGCGGCGCGACGCAGACCGUCAAUGUUGAUCAGUGACCACCGCCAACGCAGCGCUGUCGCCGCCGGUUUCUUGCACUUGAGCCUGUUCGUACUUUCAGGUUGGUUUUCAUCCACCAUGCGUGCCAGUUUUUGCACCAGCCGAUUUCCGCACGUGAUUUCUGCCCCAGAAGGAUUAAAGGCGGAAAGCGCGAAUGAAUCCAGUUUGCGAGGUAGGGGUUGUUUUGGUGGGAUUUGGACGACGUCGUCGUCAACACCGGCGGAGCUGUGGUGCGCUCGCUAGGACUAAUUCAUUCAGUAUAAAACUCGGGAACUGUUCUUGGUUAGGCACAGUUCGAUUAGUUCUAUUGCUUUGACCACACCAAACAAAUUUUAGCAAAAUGGCAUUCAAGUUUGUGACCUUCCUCGCUCUGGUGGCCGUUGCCCGCGCCGGAGUCAUCGCUCCAGUUGCCUACUCGGCGCCUCUGGCCUAUGCCGCUCCGGUUACCAAGACCCUCGUUGCUGCUCCCCUCACGAAGACCAUCGUUGCCGAUGAGUACGACCCCAACCCACAGUACUCCUUCUCGUACGGAAUCUCCGAUGCUCUGACCGGUGACCAGAAGUCCCAGCAGGAAUCCCGCAGCGGAGAUGUCGUCCAUGGAUCUUACUCGCUGGUUGAUGCUGAUGGUUACAAGCGCACCGUUGACUACACUGCUGAUCCAAUCCACGGAUUCAACGCUGAAGUUCGUCGUGAACCUCUGGCCGUUAAGACCGUUGCUCCAGUUGUUGCUGCCAAGACCAUUGUUGCCCAACCCGCCUAUGCUGCCUACGCUGCUCCAGUUGCCAAGACCAUCUCGUACGCCGCCCCAGCUGUGACCAAGACCAUCGUCUCUCAGCCAGCUUAUGCCAGCUAUGCUGCUCCUCUGGCCACCAAGACCAUUGUGUCGCAGCCAGCCUAUGCUAGCUACGCAGCUCCCGCUUACUAUCACUAAGUGAUGAGACUGAUUGUUACCUAGAUUGAAUGCUUGUGACCUGCCUAAUUUAUUGCCAAUAGAAUACUGAAUAGAUAAAAGAUCAUCAAAAAAAUCUAAAUACUUUUUGUUUUGAUUUGUGAACGAAUCCGAAAUAUGUAU